AUGGAUAAAUUUGAUGUCAAUUGUUUAGAACAUGACUCUGAAAAGCGUCUCCAAAUUUGGGAAUACCCGGUGAAUCAAAUAGAUGAAAUUCGAAGAGCUUACCUUAAUUGGAGUUCCUUGUACUUUCAAGGCCACGACGAAUCACUCGGAUCAAAAAAUAGAGGUAACUUUCUUGAAAUGGUCAAACUUGUUGCAUCAUACAAUGAUGAACUUGCAAAAGUAGUUAUAGAGAAUGCUCCAUAUAAUUCAAAGUAUACAUCUCCUAAAAUUCAAAAGGAAAUUUUGCAUAUCAUAUCUAGUAAAGUGAAAAGUUAUAUUCGAGAAGAGAUUGGAGAUUCUAAAUUUCGCAUAAUUGUUGAUGAAUUGCGUGAUGAAUCUCUAAGGGAGCAAAUGGCUAUUAUUUUGAGUAUGAAAAAUUUAUAUAAUCCAACUUGUGCAGCUCUUCAAAAUGUUAGAAGAAAUGGAACAAGUUAUUCUACAUGUGGUAAUGCUAAUGUUGCUUAUAAGGUUAUAAAAUCAUUUGAGUUCAUAUUGAUUUUGCACAUGAUGAAAGAGAUUAUGAAAAUCACAGAUAAUCUUUGUCAAGCUUUACAACAUAAAUCUCAAGAUAUACUUAAUGCAAUGCAAUUAAUCAAUAAUACAAAAGCAUUAAUUCAGAAGUUGAGAGAUGGUGGUUCGGAUGAUUUAUUGAAAAAUGAAUUGAAUCACAUACUUUGUGCGCAAACAAUGGAGCUUUUAAGUCUAAGCAAUAGUUUGGUUCCUAAUGAUAUUUACAGAGCAUUUAAUAUGGAUAAUAUAUCUACUACAGAAAGAUCAUUUUCAGCAAUGAAGAUUAUCAAGACAAGACUGUGUAGCAAGAUCUAUGAUGAAUUUCUUGCUGACAAUAUGAUCCUUUAUAUUGAAAAAGAAAUAGCUAAAACCUUUAAUUCUGAUUCAAUUAUCGAUGAUUUCAAGACUUUAGGAGAAUGA